CAUACAUCUUAGCUUCUAUCUUAGCUUCUUCAUUCAAAGAGGAGUUAAUAAGCCAGAGAUCGACUUGAAAGAAGAGAUCGAAAUAAAUAAGAAAAAAAAUGGCUGAUUGGGGGCCGGUGAUCGUCGGCACGGUGCUGUUUAUUCUGUUGCAGCCGGGGUUGUUGUUUCAGAUGCCGGCCAGUGGCAACCAGUGCAUUGCCUUUGCCACUUUUAAAUCCAGUAAAGUCUCCGCGGUUGUCCACACCAUUCUUUACUUUGCUUUCAUUUGCAUUUUCUUGUUAGCUAUUGGCAUCCAUGCCUAUUUUGGCAGCUAAUCUUCAUCAUCAUCAUCAUCAUCUCCACCAAUUGUUUUCAUUCUUCAUUUCAUGUAUCUUGUUGAUCUGAUCUGUUGUUGAUCCUUUUCAAACAAUGAUGCAUUUUCUUGUAUUUUUUGAUGUCAAAAGGGAUGUGAUUAAUUGUGAUGUAUAAGUUGUGUGUGAAUGUAAUGUUAACGUUCAUCGUUGCGUGCCAAAAUAAAUCUCAAUCUUGUAA